CUUCUUGAGGACGGUAAGUGGUGGCAUUACUCCAAUUGCUUUCGAAUAGACCUUGACAGGAUGGAGAUUUCCCCUCAAGGCUUGCUCCACUUCCUAAAGGAUGGUGGACUUCCAGAAGAGUAUUAUCCCCCCUUGCAGGUAUACCUCCAGGGCAUGUUAACGUCGCAUAACCCACCAGGGAAAAACUACAUUAGCGUUGCCAACGCCGAGAAAUUCGCGAGGCGUUGCGGGUUUCUCGACAAACUUAUGCCAACGAUCAACCAAGCUCGAGCGGACGAACCAAAACAGCUUCAACUCCAAUGUUCUCUUUGUGGGGUGGAGUUUCUCACAAUCUGCAAAGGGAGGGGUGCGUUGGUUCAUAUCGAGAGUCAUGCUCAUGAGCUCGGUCUCCCCAAACUCUCGAAAGGCAAGCUUCGACGAUGCCAUUUCCUCGGUUGCAAUGCUGUCAUGGACCAGCGUUGGCCGAACUACAAGAGCCAUUUUUCGGUAUGCCCUUUCGCUCCAUAGUGGUAAGCAUCCUCCGUCGCCGGUGGUGGGUUCAAAAGCACCCACCGCUCAUCCAUACCAAUCGCGCCCUUGAUGUUGUUGCCAGUUCAUGUAUACUAUUUCCAUUCAGUAGUAGAGAGAAGUUAAUAGGAACCUUGGCAAAUGUUUAGACGAGUGUUGAAAUAUGUAUACUUGGGGGUUGGAAAAGAAGAGUGGACAGAACAUAGAAUGGAUGUGAUUGACGAGCCUGGACUUGAAUGGAGUCGCGGUUCUGUGGCAUCGCCUUCCUCGUGUGCUUUAGCCCUAAAUGUUUUCAUCCACGCGCGUGACAC